GCGGCGAAAGGAGGCGUUUUGGGCCGCCUCCAGGGUCCGCUCUGUCAUUCCUGAACUGGUCCCUCGUCCCCGUGACUGUGGCAUCAGGGAAGCGAACUGUUAGGCGAGAGGAGGAGACAGUCAGAACCAUAUCGCCUUCUUCCCCCGGGGCGGGGGCCGGGCCGGGCCAGGCCGGCUGAGCCGGGGGAGGUCAGGGGGAGGGAGCGCCUGGCCAGGCCGGCCUGUCCGCCGAGAUGGAUGACAGUAAGGUGGUUGGAGGCAAAGUAAAGAAACCUGGCAAACGUGGUCGGAAGCCAGCCAAAAUUGACUUGAAGGCAAAACUUGAGAGGAGCCGGCAGAGUGCAAGAGAAUGCCGAGCUAGGAAAAAACUAAGAUAUCAGUAUUUGGAAGAGUUGGUAUCCAGUCGGGAAAGAGCCAUAUGUGCCCUCAGAGAGGAACUGGAAAUGUACAAGCAGUGGUGCAUGGCAAUGGACCAAGGAAAAAUCCCUUCUGAAAUCAAGGCCCUACUCACUGGAGAAGAGCAGAGCAAAUCUCAGCAGAACUCAAGCAGGCACACAAAAGCUGGGAAGACAGAUGCUAAUAGCAAUUCCUGGUGAAGAUUAUAUAAAAUGAUGAGUCACUGAUUGAAGUCAAUAUUCUGAUUCCUAUGGAGGAUGAAAGGGCAAGAUUGUACUUCUUGGCUCCAUUUACAACCUACUGCUCAGUAGUCAUCUCUGUAAAUCUGCAAUUUCUACCAAAAUCCCAAAGGAUUUUGCUUUAACUUUCAACACUUAGAGAAUUUAUAAACAUUCAGAUCUGUUCUGGUUGGCCUUGCCACCCAUGGCAUCGAACAUGUUGCAAUGCUUGAAAACACAGGAGUAGAGAGAAGUGGGUGAAGAUUGUAUUUUUGCACCUUAACUCCACAUUGCUUUAUUGGUUAAUUUAUAUUCUUUCCAUGUAUUUCAUGUCAUUGUAUGCGUAUGUGUGUUUAGGUGUCACCUAUGUUUUUGAUUGCCCUACAAAGAGAAACCAAAUGGGCUGAUAACCAAGUUCUCAGCCUUAAUGGACCUAAUUUUAUUUGUUUAUAUUUACUUGAGUAAUGUUUAUUUUCUGCAUGAACCAUGAUUUCUCC